UAACAUUAUUUUAAUUUUAUUUAUUAUUCACGAUUACGUACUUCCUCGGAGGUCAAACUCCCUAAACACUGAUUGGUCAGAUGACGAAGGUGCGCGCAUUGACGGGUCACGUGGAGGGGGGGAAGAUGGCGGCCUCGAAGAUGUGUGGAAGGAGCAGUCGAGAGCUAUGGACCAUCCUGCUGGGAAGAUCAGCAUUGAGAGAACCGGCCCAAAUCGAAGCAGAACUGGACCGAAAUUGGGAGCGCUUGCACUUGGGAUUGUGUUACUACAAAACACCCAGUACAUCGUCAGCUGACAAGUUGAAGGCUGAUAAGAAUGUUACCCAACCAAUGAAAGACUUUGGCUUGAGAAUCAGUAAAAUCCUGGGUCUGGAUGAACAGCAGAGUGUACAGAUAUUGGAAUGUUACUUGCAGGAGGAUUACAGAGGGACUCGCAAUACCAUGAAGUCUGUCCUACAGGAUGAAAGGCAGAGUCAAGCCCUGCUGUUGAAGAUUGCUGACUAUUACUAUGAGGAGCGGAUCUGUCUGUUGCGCUGUGUGCUGCUCCUCCUGACCUUCUUCCAGGAUGAGAGGCAUCCAUUCAGGGCGGAGUACUCCAACUGUGUGAGCAAGUUGGAGAAGGACCUUGUGAUCAAGUACCAACAGCAGUUUGAGACCCUGUUCAAAGCUGAGGCACCAACAUGGGAGACCCAUGGAAACCUCAUGACGGAGAGGCAGGCGUCUCGUUGGUUCCUGCAGUGUCUUCGGGAGCAGUCCCUCCUUUUGGAAAUCCUCUUUGUGUACUAUGCCUACUUCGAGAUGGCACCAGCAGACCUGCUCUCCCUUACCAAGAUCUUCAAGGAACAAGGUUUUGGACAAAGGCAGACAAACAGACAUCUGGUAGACAAGAGUAUGGAUGUGCUGGUUGAUCGGAUUGGGUACCUAAGUUCUCUGAUCCUGGUGGAGGGGAUGGACAUUGAUUUCCUGCACAAGUGUGCUCUUGAGGAUCGCACAGAGCAGCACCAGUUUUCAAAUUGUCCUGACAUCUGCAAAGAGAUGGACCAGAUUCUGCUGACUUUCGGAGACAUCCCGCACCACGCCCCGGUUCUGUUGGCUUGGGUUCUGCUGCGGCACACCCUCAGCCCAGACGAAUCCAGUGCUGUUGUGCGUCGGAUCGGCAACACUUCCCUGCAGCUCGCUGUGUUCCAGUACCUGACCACCAUGCUCCAGGCGCUGGGUAGCAGUGCCACCAAUUGCACGGCCAGUACGGCGCGCAUGUGUGUUUACGGACUCAUCUCCUUCGUCAUCACCUCCUUUGAAGAGGAAACCCUUGGAAGCCAGCAGCACCUGAUAAACGUGGCGUGCGAAGUCCUCGCUGCUCCUAACCUGGCUGAGCUCUUCUGGGAGACUAAGCCGACGGCGGGACUGGGGAUGAUCCUGGACAGCGCUGUGGGGAUGUUCCCUCACAAGAUCGGCCCGCUUCUGCAGCUGCUGACCGCACUGCUGUCUGACAAGCCCACCGCCAAGAAGGUCUACAGCUUUCUGGACAAGAUGAUCUUCUACACGGAGGUGUACAAACACAAGCCCAGUGACAUCAUGUCCCGGGAGGACGAGACCCUGUGGCGCAGGCAGACCCCCAAGCUCCUCUACCCGCUCGGUCUGGGCCAGACCAAUCUGCGCAUGCCUCAGGGCUCCCUGGGUCAGGUGGUCCCUGGGGAGCAGGGCUACAUGGUGCGCUGGGAUUACUCCUACAGCUCCUGGACGCUGUUCACCUGCGAGAUCGAGAUGCUGCUGCACGUGGUCUCCACUGCGGACGUGAUCAUGCACUGCGAGAGGGUGAAGCCCAUCCUGGACCUGGUGCACAAGGUGAUCAGCACCGACUGGACCGUGUCUGACUGCCUCCUGCCCAUCACCUCCCGCAUCUACAUGCUGCUGCAGAGACUGACCUCGGUGAUAAACCCCCCUGUGGAUGUGAUAGCCUCCUGUGUGAGCUGCCUGAUUGUGCUGGCUGCACGGAUGCCUGGGAAGGUUUGGUCCAGCUUACACCACACUGGCUUCCUUCCAUUCGCCUCCACCCCCCUCACCAACAUGGCGCAGUCCAUCAGUGCUGAGGGCAUGAAGGCCGGUAACUAUGGCAACCUGCUGGUGCUGAUCGAGCAGCCUCGGGGCGAGUACGCGGUCACCAUUGCUUUCCUGCGCCUCGUCACCACCCUCGUCAAGGGCCAGCUGGGAAGCACCCAGAACAAAGGCCUGGUCCCCUGUGUGCUGCUGGUGCUGAAGGAGAUGCUGCCCACCUACCACAAGUGGCGCUACAACACCUAUGGAGUGAGAGAGAGGAUAGGCUACCUGAUCCUGGAGCUCAUCCAUGCCAUUCUUAACCUGAGUCCUGAAGGAGAGUCGCAGGGAAGCACCCCCAGUCUGCAGUCCCUCUGUAUCUACAGCCUGGCCAACACUGACGCAGGCCAGGCAGUGGUGAACAUCAUGGGAAUCGGGGUGGACACCAUCGAUGUGGUGCUGGCAGCCCAGCCCAGCAGCGGUGGGUCUGAGGGUCCAGGCCAGAUCCUCAUCCAGACGGUGAAACUGGCCUUCUCCGUCACCAACAACGUGAUCCGGCUGAAGCCUCCGUCUGACGUGGUGUCGCCGCUGGAGCAGGCUCUGACACAGCACGGUGAGACCACUGCCCCCUGGUGGCCGAGCCCUUUGGCUUUUCUCAAAAUACUUGGCACAUUUCCGGAGGAAAUUCUUUACCCUGGCGUAUUCAUCAUAUCAUUGUGUGCCCCUGGCCAACAAUCUAAAGAUUGCAUUCACUGCGAUAGUUACAUCUACACAUACAAACUGACAUUUCAGGUGGCUGCACAACCGAUUGCGUCUGCAAGAGACCCCUCUGCCACGGUGGCCCCCAUGUCAGUGUACGCGUGCCUGGGCAGUGACGCGGCAGCGAUCCGAGACGCUUUCCUGAUCAGGCUGCAGAGCAAGACCGAGGAUGUGCGCAUCAAGGUCAUGACCCUGGAGUUUUUGACUGUUGCUGUGGAAACGCAGCCUGGCCUAAUUGAGCUUUUCCUCAACCUGGAAGUAAAAGACGGGCCUGAGGGGUCAAAGGAGUUCCUGCUGGGGGAGUGGAGCUGUCUGCAGGUGGUGCUGGACCUGAUCGACUCCCGGCAGCAGGGGAAGUACUGGUGCCCCCCGCUGUUGCACCGGGCUGCAGUGGCCUUCCUCCACGCCCUGUGGCAGGACCGGCGAGAGAGCGCCAUCUCAGUGCUGCGGACCAAAGAGAAGUUUUGGGAAAAUCUGACGACGACCCUCUUUGGAACUCUUCCUCCCCCUUCAGACACAACAGAGCCUUGCAUUCUUGAAACAUGUGCCUUUGUCAUGAAAAUCAUUGGCCUGGAAAUCUACUACGUGGUCAGUGGCUCCCUGGAGCAGUCUCUGAAGGACACUCUGAAGAGGUUCUCUGUGGGGAAGCGUUAUGAGUACUGGUCCCAGUACGUCAAAUGCCUGGUGUGCCACAUGGCGGAGACCGAGGAGGAUGAGAUCCGCUCCUUCUCCGAGUGCCAGAUGCUCAUUUCCGCUUGGAGAAUGCUGCUCAUCCUCUCCACCAGCCAUUCGGAUGUGAUGCUGCUGACAGACGACUCCACCCGGCUAAAGCUCUUCAUGGACGUGUUGGACGGCACCAAAUCUGCUCUGCUGGUGCCCAUGUCAGUGCACUGCCUACGCCUGGGCUCCAUGAUGGCCACACUGCUGCUUAUCCUGCUCAAACACUGGAAGAGCGUGGUGGCGUCGGCCCCUGAUGUGCUGCUGCCGCUCUCUCUGAUCCUGGAGAGCAUUGUGCAGGAGGACCAGCAGCAGAUGGAGAGGACCAAGGCCAAAGUGUUCUCCGCUCUCAUCUCCGUCCUGCAGAUCCAGGGCCUCAGCGGUGGCGAGAUUUCCCAGCUGCCCCAGCUCCUGCUGUGCGUGUGCGAGACGGUGCAGGACGAGGCCCUGGCCUUGAUGGACAGCACGCGUCACGUGGCUCUGGCAGGGGACGUCCCUGAGGACAAAGACAGCAUGGAGACGGACGUGGCUCCGCGGAGCCUGCAUCAGGACCAGAGAGACGGGGUGUGUGUGCUGGCGCUGCACCUGGCGAAGGAGCUGUGCAGGGUGGAUGAGGACGGGGAGCACUGGCCGCUGGUGCUGCGCAAGCUGCCGGUCCUGCCCUCGGUGCUGAGCGCCCUGGAGCUGAGCCUGCGGCUCAAACAGAACCUGUACUUCACUGAGGCUGCGCUGCACCUGCUGCUCACACUCGCGCGCACCGCACAGGGCGCAGUGGCGGUGGCGGGUGCUGGUGUGAUUCAGAGCAUCUGCCUGCCCCUGCUGAGCGUGUACGAGAUCACCGGCAACGGAGCCUCGCAGAGCUCCGGCUUCUCCCGGAAGUCCCAGGACACGCCCUCCUGGCCCGGGGUGUACCGGCUCUGCAUGUCCCUGAUGGAGAGCCUGCUCAAGACGCUGCGCUACAACUUUGUGAACGAGGCGCUGGACUUUGUGGGAGUCCAUCAGGAGCGCAUCCUGCAGUGUUUGAAUGCGGUGCGGACCGUGCAGAGCCUGGCCUGUCUGGAUGAAGCGGACCACACCGUGGGCUUCCUGCUGCAGCUGUCCAGCUUCUGUAAGGAGUGGCAGUUCCACUUACCGCAGCUCCUGCAAGAUGUUCAGGUGAAUCUGUGUUACCUGUGCCAGACCUGUACAUACCUUCUGCACAGCAAGAAGAUGCUGCAUCACUAUCUCCAGACGAAGAACGGUGACUCAUUACCCCCCGGACCCCUGUCCCGGGCCCAGCGGGGGUCCCAGACCCCCUCGAAGCAGCUGGCAGGGGCGGGGGUUGGGGAGCGCGACGAGGCGGAGCAGAAGGCCCUGCUGGCCGUUCAGUGCAGCCUCCUGAAGAUCCUCAGCAAGACGCUGGCCACCCUGCAGCACUUCACCCCCGACUGCUGCCAGAUCCUGCUGGACCAGUCUCUGGACCUGGCGGAAUACCGCACCCUGUUUGUGCUGAGCUUCACCACGCCGGCCUUUGAAUCAGACGUUGCCCCUUCAUUUGGAACUCUCCUGGCCACCAUCAACGUGGCCCUGAGCAUGCUGGGAGAGAUUGAGAAGAAGAAAGAGCCAGCGUCCCUAAGUGUUGGGUCUUUGGCCUCAUCUGAAGAAACUCAAGCUCUGAAAUCACUGCUGGUUUUUACCAUGGAGAACUGCUUCUACGUGUUGAUCUCUCAGGCGGUGCGAUACCUGAAGGACCCCACAGUGCACCUGAGAGACAAACAGAGGAUGAAGCAGGAACUCAGCUCAGAGCUGAGCACGCUCCUGUCCAGUCUGUCCCGUUACUUCCGCCGUGGGUCUCCCUCAUCUCCAGCCAGUGGGCUGCUCCCCUCCCCCCAGAGCAAGCCGUCGACCCCAGGCUCUAAAGGGGGUCCCGAGGGCCAGGAGCCCUUCAUCCAGCUGGUGCAGGCCUUCGUCCGGCACGUCCAGAGAUAGGAGCUCCCUCGGCUGGGCACUGCACCUCCUGCAGUGCGCUCCUCCUUCCUUUCUGCUCAGGAACCAAGGCAUUCUGGGCGGUCUCACAGGGAAACCUACAAACUGUACUGUCAGAAGGCCCUGUGACGCACUUUCAGCGGCCUGGGAUGAUGACAUCAUGGAGCAAUUCCUGCCAGCACGAGCAGGCGCCAGGAUUCCAAACCUCAUCACCGCAGCAACACAGGCAAGACCGAGAAUCCAGACCUUUAAUGGCACAGUCAAAAGACCUGCUACAGACAAUAACCAUACUGUUUGAAUGUGGCUAGAUACGGUUUUUGGGAUGGCACCCAAUUUGACUUGAACAUUCUCUUCUAGUGCCACUGGUAUUAUUUCAUUUCAAAUCUGGUACUGAUUUUGCCCUCAGCAGCCAAACAAAUAGAAACCCAACUGAAUGUGCAAUGGUAUGCAGGAUUAGUUACUCAUCCCAUCCUUCCUUUAACUAAGAAUGAGAUCGCGCUUGGUUUAUUAUACCUACCUUACUUGAAGUAACUUGGUGGUCUGUAAGGAUGUGGAACCUUUAGUUUAAAUGAAAAUGUUUUCUUUAUAUUGGGGUUUUUUGUUGACUGACAUUUAAGAUGGGGACUAAUGUUCAAACCAAAUCCAUCUAUGGUGUCUGGUAUCGGUUGCAGACUUGGGGUGCAAAAGUGCUGGCAUUUAAAGCACUAUACUUUUCUCAAAAUACACAUUGAAAAAAGUAUUUCUGCUUCAGAUUUACAACCUGGGCAAACUCAGCUCCCCCAGGUUUACUGGCAGAAGUAUAUAUUUUUUAAAAAUAUGAAAAAGCUAUUUUAGACUAAGUAUAUUGGGAAGAGUGGAUCUGAAUAUCAUUAAAGACUUUCAAUCUCA